CCCCCCCCCCCCCCCCCCCCCCCCACGUGACUAAUUCCCCUGUCCAGGGAAAAUCUCAGCACGGAAUAUUGUACGGGAAGGUCAUUGCGCUUGUUGAUGGAUUGCGGGCCUGAGAACCAUGACUCAAUCAGCUCGUGGCUAACGCGAUUGUCACCCCAUGCGAGGAUUUCGGCUUCUUGAAAUUUGAAAAUAUGGCCGGGUCCCGUCGAGUGCGCCGCCACUUGAGAGUUAGCGUCUCCCCGCCUCACUGCUGCUGCGUGCUCGGCAAUUCGCGUACCGAGUAAUCUCCCAGUGUCUCCGACAUAGUUGUUUUGUCCGCAACUACACCAGAUCCGGUAAACGGGACCCGGCCAUAUUUUCAAAUUUCAAGAGGCCGAAAUCCUCCCGGUACCAUAUUCCGUACUGCGAUUUUCCCUGGGCAGGGGCAUCAGUCACGUGGGGAGGGCGCGGGCGAGCAAUUAUCACAGUGACAGUGAGCCAGUUUGCCGAGCAAUCGUCACACCAGCAUCCAGCACGGGUGACGAAAUCACGGCCAUUAACGACUCGGACCGACAAGCCACCGCCGCAUCAAUUACGACCCCAGCGAUGAUUGCGAGAACUGUUAAUUGCAGUGCGCAUACGGUCCACGGCAGGCACGUGCUAUAAAUACUGCACUCCUGGUGCCACCAUCACCUGUAUCUGCGAAUGUCUCUGGUGAUGGAUUCGAGUGGGAAUCCGGCACGUCAGGCCAAUAGACUUCUUGUUCCAGUGAUCGCAUCUUUAUCUUCUGAACUGCUGUCUGGAACUCGCCUGUUCGCUUCUAUCAGUUCUCUUGUUUUCAACGGUGGUUCGUGUAUUAGAUUUAUUAAAAAAGAAUUUAAACUUAAAUUGCCAUCAUAUGGGAAAGUGGUAUGUGCAAAAUAGUCCGUCUAUAAUGUUUCGGCAACGCUGUUCUGCCUAUAUCACGCGCCGCUGUGCGGCUGCUGAUUGGGCUCGGGAGAGAGCCCUUAAGGCAAAACGGGACGAGUGAGGUCCGUAGCGCGAUCUGUUUAUACCAGAUCCCAACCGACAGGACAACAAACCCGUGGUUCAAUGGUUAAGAAGCUGGACUUCUAACCAACAGGUCGCGAGUUUGAACCUCGGGAGUUGCACAUUUCGAGGUUGGCUAUGACUGGCUGACGACGGCUAAUAAGCCGUAAAUGGCCACUCCAGUCUCCCUUAUCUUUUAUUCUCUCCUAGCUCUGGCUUCUACGAUUCGGUCUCCUGAAACAAACCAAGCAGUACGAACUGAUGGAGAGGGAGUUUGCUGCCUUCUCUAACCUCGAUUCCCCCGACAUUUACUUCGAAUACUUCCCUACUCUCUAUCCCAAUCGCAAGGGUGAGUUUUCUUCCCACCGUCUGCUCCUUAUUUUGCUAGCAUUUAUGACUGAAAUAUUUGGUUCUGCGCAGGCUUGCGCAUCAUUCGCCAAACUGACUCCACCAUGGCCCGCUUGGAGCCGGUGGCGGGACAAAGUCACAGCGUCUGCGCGCCACACAGGACAUCGUCCUGUCCAUUUGCAUUUAACACAACAGGAAGUCUCUCAGACAUGUAGAUGGUCAACAUGUCUAUAGUGGACUGAAUAAUAUUACCGACAAAGACAAGGGAGACUGGAAUGGCCAUUUCAGGCUUAUUAGCCGUCGUCAGCCAGCCAUACCCAAGCCCGAAGUGUGCAACACCCGAGGCUCGAACUCGCGACCUGUUAGUUAGAAGUUCACGCCUCUAACCGCUGGGCCACGGGCUAAUGCACUGCUGUGCGACUGCGGGUUGAACUCGAGAGAGAGAGAGAGAGAGAGUCCGUUAGGCACAACGGGACGAGUGAGUUCCGCAAGAACGAUCGGUGAGCGUCCCUCUACCAUUAUGGUAUCCAUUUGUCUUCAGUGGACGCAGUUUUAACCGAAGAUAUCCUUCACAGUAUCGGCGGAAACCUUGCCGUCGAUGAUAUCUGUAGUUGAUUGCCAGACUGGCCGCUCUUCGAAUUUCAUAGUCACGCAAACUAUCAACUGUCGACAGUUGUCGAAGGUUGUCAUUGACGCAGUACGCUCUUUUUGAAAUUUCUUUCCACACAUGCCCAUCUGAGUCAACUUAUUAGGCCUUUCUAGAAUGUAAGUACUGUUUCAGAAUGAGGGCUUAUAAUCAAUAUAUUCCUUAGUGAGCAAAGUGUUUUCUAAUAACUUUCCUACUUUAAAACGGCCUGAUCGUGGCCUUUUUCUGGUAAAGUUCGAAUUCAUACAUCCUUUUCUCAUUCGCGUUCAUAGAGAACAUCUGAAUGGUCUCAGUGGGCACACAAAGAUACUUUUUAGUGUACGGCGAAUAAAAUCGUAAUCUUGCAUACUUGUAGACCGUUUCUGGGUACAGUUCUGUCAUUAAUGAAACAAAACGCUCCAAAUUCGCACAACAGAAUUUUUAAAGCCGAACCCGCCCUUCUUUUCUAGGAAACAAUGUAAUUUUUCGUAUCCGCCUUAGCCUGAUUUUCAUGGACGCAAAAUCCAAUCCUCCGUUUUGAGAAAAAAAUUGCUUUCGAAUUUUUCCUGUUUACAUUAAUGUUCGUUUAUAGCACAAUGCACAUAAACACGAGGUUUUCACCUGCGAGUUCCAGUAGCGUAGAUACCUAGAUAGGUCACAUUUUGCCCAAGUCUGACCUGUUUGUCUUUCAUAAGACAGAGUUGAAGUGAAUUCUUUUUUUAGUAGGUAGCUCUUUGCGCCUCAACUCAGCUCAACAAACCAAAACAACACUAAAUGCAUGGUAUACUGCUCAAUUAAAUUUCGAUCGCAACAUUUUGUCAGUUAAACCAUCUACUGUAUGUAUGCUCAACGGUGGUUUUUACUGUGCUCUCACCGAGGUCACUCCCGAUUUACGUUUGAAGUAAAUGAUCUCGCAAAUUAUUGACGGAAGUACGCGCGACAUGAUUUCUUAGGGUCAGCUCGAAAUUGUAGUGCAAGUUUGGGUUAAAGGCCAUCAACUCUUGCGCAGUAACCGCGUAGUGCCCGCUCUACAAACAAGUAGUACUACUAGUAGUGUACUAUCAUGUAAUAGUAGCUUUUACCUCAUAUUGUCUCAUAUUGUGCACAAGGGUCUGUAAGCGUCUGCUAUGGCAGUAUCAGCAAACUGUGGCCCUCGCAGCCUCGUAUGCGCUGGCAGUUAUCCGGCACCUGGUUCCCUGCCGGUAGAUGUGCUUACGCUCCCGCUGGGAAUACAGGUCGUGAGCAAAGAUGCCCAGUCGUCCUCGUCUUUCUGGCCCCUGUUGGGGUGUUGUUAUUGUAGGUUGGAAUCCAGGCCACUGUUUGUUAUGGACCAAGGGGUGUGGUGGUACGUUUAGGUGUGGGCCCGGCCGCGCAAGCCACCUGUUCCCACCUCCCACGUCUAGUCUUCUUGACUAUGUCCUGACACCGGGCUCAGGCAGGGAAUGAGGAGAGAGUGCUGUAGAUGCUGCGCAAGUCUACUCAGUACAAACAAAUUCGCACGGAAGUCACCGUGCCUGCUCCACCUUGGUGUGGAGCACAAGGGGGACAUCGUUAGGCACGACGGUUUAACUGUCGUCCCAUGUUGACUCGAAAGUAGAUCAGAAGCAUCAGAUAAACGGGGGCCUUUUUCUGGAGCUUUAACCGUCAUUAUAGACUUUGACAAUCUUGACAGAUAUCAUACUGUCUUUCCUUCCUCCACUGUCUCCUAGGUUCCAUCAUCCCCUUCUCCUUACGACUGCUCUAUGCCGAGUUGCCACGUCUUCUGGAUCGAAAGUCGGAGGCUCUCGAUCGUCUGUACUACCUUUCGGCCGUUGUAUGUCGGGUGAGGCACUCAGUUAUCCAGCAUUCCUCCGACACCUUACAGUCCUCUAUUGUGUCUUUCGACUUUACCUGUCCUUCAGCUCCCCGCACGGAAACUGCUCGCUCAGUAAUUUAACACUGUCGUGAUCCGCUUGGCAGCAGAUCAAGGGAGGAUAAAGCCAACCCGUUAGCUCAGAUGUCAACUUCUCGAUGGACAUAGUGAGACAGUCUUCGGUAGGGGUUAGCUGCAAAAAAAGCAGAUUCUCUAGGGAUAGUUCGGCCGUCCUACCCGUCAAUGUCCACCGUGUGCUCCACAACAGGAUGAAGCAGGCACGGUGAACUAGUUUUUAGUGAGAGUGGACUUGCGAAGCAUCUAACUCACCCUCUCCUCCCCUGCUCCUCCCCUGGACCGGGUGUCAAGACAGAGUCAAAAAGGCAGGGGGCCGAGGGAGGGCACAGGUGGAUGGCGCGGCCGAACCCGCACCUUGGCGCUCCACACCACACCCCCUGGUCUACAACAAACACUUGACAAGGGUUUUGACCAACAACAGCAGCAAUGACAACGACGGAAAGGAGGCGGAUGACUGGGAAGCCAUGCCAACGACCUGUAUACCCAGCGGUAGCGCAAGCACAUCUACCGCUAGAGAACCAGACGCCAGAGAACUGCCAGCGCACGCCAGGCUGCGGGGGUCAUGGUUUGCUGAUCAUGUCAUAGUAGACGCUCACGAACCUUGGGGCUCAGACAAAGUGCAAUAGACAAUGGACAAAGAACAAAGAAUGACGAGAACCGACGAAUAGGGGUACAGAGACAAAGGCAGGGUGCUAUGGGUAAAGGCUGGUUACUAACAAACAGUUAGUAGCAAACAAAACAAAAUAAUAGAAAUUGACACCAGGGAUGUCACAGACUGCAGUUCGACUGAUUAUCAGUGGCAGGACUGCGCACCGACCUGGCAAGUCAGUUACCUGUAAAAGGUUCACAGGUCAUAGCGGUAUUAAGGCUUCUUGAAUGUUGGCUGCAAACAAGGAGGCUUUCAAUCGCCGUCUAGCACAACCCUGGAACUUGGUGCAGGCGUCUAACCGCGAGCCCAAGGACUGCAAAAAGCCAUAUUUUCAACAAACUGUCCAGCGCAGCUGGUCUCCGGCGACCAGAUGUUCCGAACGCUGUCAUUGUGCUUGUCCUUCAGCAGUUUCCGACGCCCUUCCCAUGUUGAGUCUGAGGACCGUUUACCGAUUGUAAACAGCUUUCGAUGUUCGCCUUAACCUGCCAUUUUCUUCGAGGUUGAAAGGACUGCACUUACAUGCAGUAGGUGGGUUAACUCAUGAAAUGCCGGCCGAAAUUUCGAAGUGCGUUCUCGUGUCGAAAAGAUUAAUUAAGUAUCGUUGUAAAACUAAUCACCGUCCAGCAUAAUUCUAUAAUGAUCCAGUUACGUCAGGGUGCCUUCUUUCGAAAAAACCUUUUUCCGACUGCAUGCAAGAACGAUACUCUGCAAAAAUGACUGCUUAAGUAGCAUGCAAUUAUCUCAUUGAGUUUAGAUGCCCUUGAAAAUUCAAUUACAUUUCAUGGAAAACAUGCAUGAAAAUACUCAUUUGUACACUCUUUCGGUAGACAUUUACGUGAAUAAGACGCUUAUUCCAGCGAUCGUGUCUCCUUCUAGUCUGUUCACCUCCGUUCCUCAAGGUCCUUUCUCCUAGAACUCACGAACUAGUACCAAGUCGGCGAACGAUGGGUAGCCGUUCCCACCGUUUUGUGUUCCGUAUUUUACCCUCCCCCCCUCUCCGCCUAAACGGGUCACUCAGUAGAUGCGCUGGAUUAACACACGGGCCAGAUGGGAUUUCCACAUGCGUUGUCGGUAAUUCGCACCCAUCACAAAUGUUUACAUUAGGGGUGUGACAGCGGUACCAGGUACAGGCCCAUGUCACACCAGUUGGUGUCUGAACCCUCCCCUUUUUCUUGUUUAAAAUCCUGGUCAGUGGACGUUGUGGACCUGGGUGUGUGGAGGGGAGCGCCCAGGUGCAGGUUCGGUCGCACCAUCCGCCUGCGUCCUCCCCGCCUUCGGUCAUCUUGACUGUGUCUUGACACCGGGCUCAGGUUGGGGGGGGGGGGAGAGUGCGAUAGACGCCGGACAAGUCUACUGCAACUCACGCUCAAGUCACCGUCCCUGCUGUCACCCUGUUGUGAAGAACACGAUGGGCAUCGUCAGUCAUGCAUGGUUCGUGUCGGAGGAGGAUGUAUUUGUACAGUAGCAAGGAGCCAUUGCGUCGUCCUCGGGUCUUCAUUGCUUGGUUUAGUCUCCCCCUAAAUAAGGAACGAACCACCAUCGCCACUAAUUCACUUCUUUUUCCAUUUUAGUUAAUAAGUAACCUCGAGAACGGUUACACCGAGGACGGCACCAUUACCUGUCCCAGUGAUGAAUACAAGCAGAGUGAGUUCUCUCAUUCCCAUUUCCUUGGACUUGUCUGUGAUUUUGCACAAACCCCUCUGAUGAUGGGUCCAAGUGAGAGUCCGAAACGUCAGCGAAUAUAGCUCUUGUUCCAGCGAUCGCUUCUACUCCUUAUCAACAAACCCCUCCCCUCCACAUUCACACUUAUUUCAGAUAGCUUGCCUAGCACACUUACACGAACCAACAAGGCAUUAGCCGACGUCCUUGAACGUGCUCUAAACUGGGCGGUGCCGAUACUGCCACCGCAGUGCCAGCGUCCUUCGGCGACGCCAGCGACAGUACGCGGACUAUAGCCGUCUAGUAGACCAAAAGGCCGCCUGAACCGUGGCUCGCUUAAGGGCAGCUGCUCGGAACUGGCAGUUCGAUCGUCGCGGACGACGACGACGACAACUACGUCCACGAAGUGAGGUAGACUUGCACAGCACCUACCGCACUCCGUUUCAAUCACCUGACUUUGAUGGAGAGACGGUCGGAGGUACGGAGGCAUUAACCAACGUCCUUGCACGUGCUCUGAACCGGGAGAAUUUGGUGGAAUGGGGAUGUCGUUGUUUCCGAGUAGGAAGUGUGACGAUCAAGGAUGUGAGAUCAACUUAAACCACGCACAAUAAGUUCGUUUCGUCUAAUGUCAUAAAUCAGGGAACUGCGGGGACUAGUUUAUUCUAUACACAGGGCAGUUUGCCGUAAGUUGGCUGUUUGCUUGCGACAGAGAUAGUCGUCCGUUCACGGAGAGUGUUAGUCGCGGUGUGUUGUUUACGCGAGAGCGAGUGUCUGGGUCAGCAGGAGGGGAUGACUGGCCGAGUGUUGGUCGUGUGGUUGGACAAAUUAGGGAGAAAUAGCGGACGCAUGCUCACAAGGCCUCACCGGGUAUCAAGCCAGAGCGUUCGACGUGCGUGAGGUGAUGAAAGUUUGUGAGGUCAGCCGAGAGUCACCGCAGUUGGACCGAAGUUGUCCCAGUGUCAGCCGGCGGGGUGGCCGUGUGUCAACAGCUGUCGCGGCCAUCGUUCGACAAAACAGAGCCGGAGAAAAAAAGGGGGAAUGGAGGGGCCGCUACAGAAGCUGCACUGCAAUGGCUGCGCCCUCCAGCGCGCGAUAGACCAAAAGGCUGCCUGAGCUGUGGCUCGCUCAAUGGCGACCUCACGGGGCGGACAGUUUGAUCGUCGCGGAGGACGGCGACGACAACUACGUGCACCCUGUGUCCUACGAAGUGGGCGCAGUACUUAUGACUUGCACGCCAAUCAUUUUAUAGUGAGACAGACUUGCGCAGCACCUACCGCACUCGCUCUUCUUUCGAUCACCUGACUUUGACGGAAAGACACUAUCAAGACCACCGGAGGUAGACUCGGGCGCCAUCUACGCCUGCUGCACACGCACCCAGGCCACAUUCAGAAGGAGCCAUUUCAGCCUGACUCUCAGUCCUUAAAUGGAUCGACUUAUCCCGUCAGUUGGUUGCCCUCCAAGCCCGUAGCGUCGUGGUAGAUUCAAGCGAGUCACAUUUAUUUUUGUGAAAAAGACAGAGGUGUGCGGUAAUUAUGCUGGAUGGAGGAGCGGUGACAGUCUGCGCACUCCUGUAGGAAGAUGAGAAUUUGCGUUGAUUUCCGAACCCGGGAAUCAGGAGAUGCGCCUUCUCUUGUAUUUUGGGUGUUGUAAUUGAAUGAGUUUUUCGUUGGACACUUUUAUUAAUUAGAACAACAGGCUUCUAUCUUCCUCACUCUCCGUCCUCGCCCCCGGCACACCAGUUUAGGAUUCCAGAAUUGCGUCACUGGACACAAGAAUAAGAACCCCUCUGGAAUUUAGUGCAUGAUCCACGCUCCUUUAUCCCACUCGAUUCGGAAACUUCUAUUUCAAACCUGACACAUGAUGGCUUACGACUUCAUCUGAGGUCAUCUUUAACACCUGCCAGCACUAUAAACUCCAAAGCUAUUAGACUGUUCUGCAGUCCAGGGAUUCUGGCUGUUAUUCUGUACGACUGCUCUGCUGUGUGGGCCCAUCAGACAAACCCUAGGUCAAAAGGGGGAGCGCAAGCCAAUCUGAGCCAACCCUCUCCGUCUCAUGAAUUGCAUUUCUCUUUCAUACAAAUCCUGCACUCUCUCAAUCUGCGGCAAUGUUUCCGCUUUUUCUCACAAAGGUUCCCUUCACCUCUGGCGUCGACGCGAGUGUCGCAUUCUCGCCUGCUGCCUCAACAUCUACCUCUCCGAUCACGAUUACCCCUCAGCCAUUGAGACCGCGGAGCUGAUGAUUGAACAACUGCGACCCCUCAACGAACACCGGCCUCUUUAUGCUCUGCUUGGCCGCCUUUACCUCCGGGUAUGUAACCCACCCCCGGGGGGUCGUUGUAGGCUCAACCGCCCUCUCUCUCUCACGCUAGGCAUUAUCUGAAGUGUGCGGUCGCUAGACGUGGUGUGUCCUUUCUGCUGCCAACUUCAUCCCCGUGUAACCUUCUCUCCAUCUCUUGCAGGCAUCCGACUAACGGUCGAACCGGCAGCUCUGACUACGUGUUUGUUUCGAUGAAGAUUUCUGCCUGCCAGUAGUCUUAUUCCCAGGCAGCACGAUAUACCAUACUUGACAGCACUGGUAUUAGCUAAAAGUCCAGACACCUGCAUUUCGCCGAUAUUCUACCUCAGCUGCGAGGGGUUCGGCUCAUCCAUGGGUCCCCCAGUAUUCCCUGUAUGCUUUUCUGGUAGAUACUCCAGUGUCAUGCUGCGACAGAAUAUCGGCGAAACACGUGUCUGGGCUUUUAGAUAGUACCUGUGCUGACAACUACGGUAUAUCCUGCUACCUAUGCAGGUAUUGAAUACUUCUAUAGGCAAGCGCAGCAGAACAGAGUCUCCGUUUAAUUCCUGGUUUUAGGGGGUUGCCACCUAACGAGAUACUUGCGCCCCCUGGUCUGCAGUGACUCCUAGUUGUAACCCUUGUAGUAACAGCCUUUCUCUGUGAGGCCCAAUACUCACUUUUUGAACACUGGCACGUGGCAAGUGUUGCAAGGCGCAUGAGCAUAACGCCAUCACAAGUGCACUACUAACAUCAUGUCAGUAGCAAUGAUAUAAUACUAAUAUUAGUGUGGAGAGGGCUGAAUGCCCGCGUACGAAAUACAGCCUGCAUUGAAUUGCCGCUUUGUGAGAUAUCCAGCACUUACUUCUCGAAGACUGAUGUCCUGCCGGUGCGGCGGCUCAACCCCCUUGUUUUACUCGCUUACUUUGCUAAACUUCGUGAACAUGAGUUCCACCAAGCCUAUUUUCACCUUCAUUAGUUUGGUGAUUUGGAAUCCGCUCAGAGGAGUUUUUCAAAGGCUCUGGAUGGCCUGGACCCCAACGACGACUACGCCAGGGCUCAAAAGCGGACGUUUGAGUGA